GUUGGAGGAAGUGGGGCUUUUACAAUUAGGUAGGGCUUGUUUCUGAGAAUACACAACACAGCCAGCGAAAUGGAGUAAAGUCAACUGUUCUUAUUCGGACUCAAAAGGGAUAACAAGAGGAAAUCGGUGCCUCUUGGAGGACCGUAAACAAACAGGAUAUCAAACGUUCUCCCGCGUCGUCAGUCUGUCGAAUGCACAGAUCUCAGCUGCGGCUUGUGCUGAUUGAGGAGCAGAAACGUUUGAUGGUUACAACUUUACGGAGGAAGUCACUGACGGGCAGCAAAUAUUACCAAGUUAUAUGUACUUAGGUUCUUCGUUUAUAUUUCAUUGCCUGUUCGUCAGCUAGUUGGCAAGCUGUUGAUCGCAAAAAAAAAUCAACUUGUAGUUGAAGACUCGGUCGCGAGGGACCGUGGACGGUUACCAAGCUAAGAUUAUCUUAACUAGCCCAUUUCCUCCAACACCCCCUCCCCCAUGAUAGCUAGCUAGCUAGCCACUGUCUCCAUAUCAGAGCCCACACACUGGGGUGAAAUAAAUUACUAUGGCUACUUUUGUGCGGUUUCGUUGGUCUCUUGUGAAAUAACAUGGAUUUGGCUGAAGAUCAGGAUUCGUUACCUAACUGAGAUGGCGAGCUAGCUAGCGAACUGGAUGAGUGGGUUUUGUGUCGUUGUGAUAAAGCGGUUGUGUUAGCUAGCGCUAGUUUGUUACCUAUGCUUCGUAAAUUAACUAGCUCAAAUUCAGCUAUCUAACGUUACUGGCUAACUCGCUACCAAGUAGCACCGGUUUCCACAGCAGCUAGUAAUAACACUUCUCCCUUGUCGACCACGUACAUUGAGAAUCUAGCUGGCUGAUUUCGUGGCUGAAUUUACAGUUUAAAUGUGGCUUCUAACGUAAAGUUAGUGCCAACAACUGAAUGCUUGUUAUCUUGAUAGCUAAGUUCGAUAGUUGUCGCCAACGUUAGUUAGCUAAAGUAGAUUUUAGUCGGGUAUAGUUUUUGCGUGCUGGAUAUUCAGCUGGCGACCUCCAUCUGUGGUUUGAUUGACGUCCUCUUUCUGAUAUCGCUGUGUAGGAUCCUAUGCCAAUAACACAAUUGUUUUGAUUUUUCAUGUUGGUGAAUAUGUUUGAACCUGAACCUCACUACUGUAUUCGCUAGUAUCUGGACCAUUCAUUCGUCAGGCGAGCUGGCUUGCUCUUGUUAUUUUAGCUUUCUACCCCUGUCAUCGUUAUUUCACGAGGAUGUCUUUAUCGAAUACCAAUUCGAUAGAAGUGAUACAACCCAUCUUUGUCGACGCAUAAAGUCAUGUUUUAUUUUGAAGCAGAUGCGACGAGACACAAUUAGGAAGCUUGAAGCAUACGUCUUGCUGGAGUACCACGUACCGCAAUAUUACAAUUUUAGCUUUUCAAGAAGAUACAACAAACUAUGUGGCUAGGAUCAGUGAGGAUUCACAGUUAUUAGCUCGCUGCCUUGCUAGUUCGCCACAUCUAGCAGGUGGGCCAUCUAAAAUAAGUGAAGCUCUCUGAAAUCUCUCAUCAAUCUUGUCUGGCCAUUGAAACCACUAACAUUUUUUGGCACACAAAAAAUAGCCAGAUGAUAAAUACAAUUUUUUUUGUGUAACAAUGGUUGUGUUUUGAGCGACCGUGUGUGCCGAACCUAGAGGAAGAAAACGACACGCUUCAUUCGAUGGUCACCCCUGUCAUCCGCAUAUCUGCCUCGGUCGCCCAGGUUGGAACUAGGUUUUAAAGAUUUUCAGUGGACAUUUGCUUUAUCUUUCAAAAAAAAAUCCUUCCCACGGCUGGUGUUGUAUCGACUCGGUCGAACCAGGGUUGAAGAUGGCGGACCUCGAAGCAGUUCUCGCCGAUGUCAGCUAUUUGAUGGCGAUGGAGAAGAGCAAAUCUACUCCAGCGGCCCGAGCGAGCAAGAAAAUCAUACUGCCUGAAUCCAGUAUUCGCAGUGUGAUGCAGAAGUACCUGGAGGAAAGAGAUGAGCUGACCUUCGACAAAAUCUUCAACCAAAAGAUCGGGUUUCUGCUGUUCAAGGAUUUUUGUUUGAAUGAAAUAGAUGAGGCCGUACCACAGCUCAAGUUCUACGAAGAAAUUAAGGACUACGAGAAGUUGGAUUCUGAAGAGGAGCGGUUGUGUCGUAGCAGACAGAUCUAUGAUGGAUACAUCAUGAAGGAACUCCUCUCCUGUUCACAUGCCUUCUCUAAGAAAGCAGUAGACCACGUUCAGACUCACCUGGCCAAGAAACAGGUGCCUCCCUCUCUCUUCCAGCCGUACAUUGUGGAGAUCUGUGACAGUCUGCGAGGGAUGAUCUUCCGCAAGUUCAUAGAGAGUGACAAGUUCACUCGUUUCUGCCAGUGGAAGAAUGUGGAGCUGAACAUCCAUUUGACGAUGAAUGACUUCAGUGUCCAUCGUAUCAUUGGUCGAGGGGGUUUCGGGGAGGUGUACGGCUGCAGGAAGGCUGACACCGGCAAGAUGUAUGCCAUGAAGUGUUUGGAUAAGAAGAGGAUCAAGAUGAAGCAGGGAGAGACUCUGGCUCUGAACGAGAGAAUCAUGUUGUCCCUUGUCAGCACAGGGGACUGUCCGUUCAUAGUGUGUAUGACAUACGCCUUCCACACACCAGACAAACUCUGUUUCAUUCUGGACCUGAUGAACGGAGGGGACCUACACUACCACCUGUCCCAGCAUGGUGUGUUCAGUGAGAAGGAGAUGCGUUUCUACGCAGCAGAGAUCAUCUUGGGACUAGAACACAUGCACAACCGCUUCGUCGUCUACAGAGACCUCAAGCCUGCUAACAUCCUAUUGGAUGAGCAUGGUCAUGUGCGUAUCUCAGACCUGGGUCUGGCCUGUGACUUCUCCAAGAAGAAACCUCACGCCAGCGUUGGUACCCAUGGAUACAUGGCCCCAGAGGUGCUUCAGAAGGGGACAGCGUACGACAGCAGUGCUGACUGGUUCUCCCUGGGCUGCAUGCUCUUCAAACUGCUCAGAGGGCACAGUCCCUUCAGACAGCACAAGACCAAAGACAAACAUGAGAUUGACCGGAUGACACUCACUAUGAACGUGGAGUUGCCAGACUCGUUCUCUGUGGAGCUGAAGGGUCUAUUGGAGGGUCUGCUGCAGAGAGACGUGGUGAAAAGACUGGGCUGCCUGGGACGAGGGGCCCCAGAGGUGAAGGAGCAUCUGUUCUUCAAAGGCAUUGACUGGCAGCAAGUGUAUCUCCAGAAGUAUUCUCCCCCUCUCAUCCCUCCAAGAGGAGAGGUAAAUGCAGCAGAUGCUUUUGACAUUGGUUCCUUUGAUGAGGAGGACACCAAGGGCAUCAAGUUGUUGGACAGUGACCAGGAGUUGUAUAAGAACUUCCCGCUGGUCAUCUCAGAGCGCUGGCAGCAGGAGGUGGCUGAGACGGUGUACGAGGCGGUCAACUCCGACACGGACAAGAACGAGGCCCGCAAGAGGGCCAAGAACAAACAGCUGGGCCACGAGGAGGACUAUGCCCUGGGGAAGGACUGUAUAAUGCACGGCUACAUGUUAAAGCUGGGGAACCCGUUCCUGACGCAGUGGCAGCGCCGAUACUUCUACCUGUUCCCCAACCGAGUGGAGUGGAGGGGAGAGGGGGAGUCACGGCAAAACCUGCUGACGAUGGAGCAGAUUGUGACGGUGGAGGAGACACAGAUUAAAGAUAAGAAGUGCAUCCUGCUGCGCAUCAAAGGAGGGAAGCAGUUUGUCUUGCAGUGUGAGAGUGACCCAGAGUUUGUCCAGUGGAAGAAGGAGCUGACCGAGGCGUUCACUGAGGCCCAGAAGCUGCUGCGUCGCGCCCCUAAGGUCAUUGGGAAGGGACGGGCUGGGGGGGUGGAGCUCUCCAAACCUCCCCUCACACACCACAACAGCAACGGCCUGUAGGCUACACACCUGCACACACACACACCGCAUCUUAUAACCUCAUCCCCUAUGACCCCGCCCCCCCAGCCCUAGACACACACAAACAUACAGUAACACCCCACACUCUCGCCCUGGAGUGUGUAUGGACCAAGGCGGCAGCCUCUCUCCUCUGAAAGCCAAAGCGUACCAUGGGACCCUGGGAUGAAAGGAAAGAGAUGUGCAUGUACCUAACGAGGUCCAGAGUGUUUUCUGUCCUCCAUCUCCCACUGUAGCCUCGGGGUAGACCCUUCUCAAUGAUGACACACUCCUCUCACCCCAAUGCACUGGCAUUCCACCCAGUCAACCUGGCAGAGCAGCAGAAAGCAGCCCUGGAGUAGGAGACUGAAGACUAGGGCCCCUCUUCUCCUUGUCUCCCUCAUUCCCCAGCCUCGUCUUGAGACUGGACCUGAGCCACACACACCUGCCAGCCACUCUCCACAGGAUUGUCUGACUGUAGUGGAGGGGCAGGACCUAAAGCAGGAGGUGAAGAUCUGGACCAAUGGCAUCGCUUGGAGAGAGGGGGCUGGACCAAUGACAUUCCUCUCCUGUGGGCUCAUACGGAGGGGAGGAGAGAAAAGCAGAAGGAGCAAAGACCUGCUGGGACAUACCAAGAGAAUGGCAAUGAACUGUGUGUGUUGCUGUGUGUGUGUACGCUAUUGUUGCUGUGUGUGUGUAUGCUAUUGUCCCUGUGUGUUGCUGUGUAUGUAUAUUAUUGUCCCUGUGUGUACGCUAUUGUCCAUGUGUGUUGCUGUGUGUAUGUAUGUUAUUGUCCCUGUGUGUUGCUGUGUGUGUGUGUGUAUGUUUUUGUCCUUGUGUGUAUGUUAUUGUCCCUGUGUGUUGCUGUGUGUGUGUGUGUGUAUGUUUUUGUCCUUGUGUGUAUGCUAUUGUCCCUGUGUGUUGCUGUGUGUGUGUGUGUGUAUGUUUUUGUCCUUGUGUGUAUGCUAUUGUCCCUGUGUGCUGCUGUGUGUGUACGCUAUUGUUGCUGUGUGUGUGUACGCUUUUGUCCCUGUAUGUUGCUGUGUGUGUAUGCUAUUGUUGCUGUGUGUAUGCUAUUGUUGCUGUGUGUGUAUGCUAUUGUUGCUGUGUGUGUAUGCUAUUGUUGCUGUGUGUAUGCUAUUGUUGCUGUGUGUGUAUGCUAUUGUUGCUGUGUGUGUAUGCUAUUGUUGCUGUGUGUGUGUACGCUAUUGUCCCUGUAUGUUGCUGUGUGUAUGCUAUUGUUGCUGUGUGUAUGCUAUUGUUGCUGUGUGUGUAUGCUAUUGUUGCUGUGUGUGUAUGCUAUUGUUGCUGUGUGUGUAUGCUAUUGUUGCUGUGUGUGUGUACGCUAUUGUCCCUGUAUGUUGCUGUGUGUGUAUGCUAUUGUUGCUGUGUGUGUAUGCUAUUGUUGCUGUGUGUGUGUACGCUAUUGUCCCUGUAUGUUGCUGUGUGUGUAUGCUAUUGUUGCUGUGUGUGUAUGCUAUUGUUGCUGUGUGUGUAUGCUAUUGUUGCUGUGUGUGUAUGCUAUUGUUGCUGUGUGUGUAUGCUAUUGUUGCUGUGUGUGUGUGCUAUUGUUGCUGUGUGUGUGUACGUUAUUGUCCCUGUGUGUUGCUGUGUGUGUACGCUAUUGUCCCUGUGUGCGUGUGUGUACGCUAUUGUACCUGUGUGCGUGCGUGCGUGCGUGCGUGCACGCUUUUCUCCGUGCGUGUGCGUGAACGCUAUUGUCCCUGUAUGCUAUGUCCGUGUUUGUGUGUAUGCUAUUGUCCGCGUGUGUGUGUGUAUGCUAUUGUCCGCUCGCGUGUGUGUGUGUAUGCUAUUGUCCGCUCGCGUGUGUGUGUGUAUGCUAUUCUCCGUGCGUGUGCGUGAACGCUAUUGUCCCUGUAUGCUAUGUCCGUGUUUGUGUGUAUGCUAUUGUCCGCGUGUGUGUGUGUAUGCUAUUGUCCGCUCGCGUGUGUGUGUGUAUGCUAUUGUCCGCUCGCGUGUGUGUGUGUAUGCUAUUGUCCCUGUGUGUGUGUGUGCUAUUGUCCCUGUGUGUGUGUGUGCUAUUGUCCCUGUGUGUGUGUGUGCUAUUGUCCCUGUGUGUGUGUGUGUGCUAUUGUCCCUGUGUGUGUGUGCUAUUGUCCCUGUGUGUGUGUGUGCUAUUGUCCCUGUGUGUGUGUGUGCUAUUGUCCCUGUGUGUGUGUGUGUGCUAUUGUCCCUGUGUGUGUGUGUGCUAUUGUGUGUGUGUAUGCUAUUGUCCCUGUGUGUGUGUGUGCUAUUGUCCCUGUGUGUGUGUGCUAUUGUCCCUGUGUGUGUGUGUGUGUGCUAUUGUCCCUGUGUGUGUAUGCUAUUGUCCGUGUGUGUGUGUGCUAUUGUCCGUGUGUGUGUGUGCUAUUGUCCGUGUGUGUGUGUGUGUGUGUGUGUGUGUGUGUGUGUGUGUGUGUGUGUGUGUGUGUGUGUGUGUGUGUGCUAUUGUCUCUGUGUGUGUGUGCUAUUGUCCCUGUGUGUGUGUGCUAUUGUCCCUGUGUGUGUGUGCUAUUGUCCCUGUGUGUGUGUAUGCUAUUGUCCCUGUGUGUGUGUGUGUAUGCUAUUGUCCCUGUGUGUGUGUGUGUGCGCUAUUGUCCCUGUGUGUGUAUGCUAUUGUCCCUGUGUGUGUGUGCUAUUGUCCCUGUGUGUGUGUGUGCUAUUGUCCCUGUGUGUGUAUGCUAUUGUCCCUGUGUGUGUGUGUGCUAUUGUCCCUGUGUGUGUGUGUGCUAUUGUCCCUGUGUGUGUGUAUGCUUUUGUGUGUGUGUGUGUGUGUGUGUGUGUGUGUGUGUGUGUGUGUGUGUGUGUGUGUGUGUGUGUGUGUGUGUGUGUGUGUGUGUGUGUGUGCUAUUGUCCGUGUGUGUGUGUGUGUGUGCUAUUGUCCCUGUGUGUGUGUGUAUGCUAUUGUCCGUGUGUGUGUGUGUAUGCUAUUGUCCCUGUGUGUAUGUGUAUAUGCUAUUGUCCCUGUGUGUGUGUGUGUGUGUGUGUGUGUGCUAUUGUCCCUGUGUGUGUGUGCUAUUGUCCCUGUGUGUAUGCUAUUGUUGCUGUGUGUCCAGAAAUGGGGCCAUAGAGGUGGAAGCAGGUUGUUAUUCCUUCAACAGAGAAUGAAAAAGGAGAGGAAGAAAGCUGCUUUGAAUUUGGAAGAGACUUUUCCCCUUUGUUCAUGUCCUCCCUCCCUCCAUCACUGAAGUGCAUAAUGUGCCAACGUCAAUAUUUACUUGAGUCACCUGAGGACCCGUUUGAAAGCAGGCAUCGCCCUCGCAUACAGAUCUCACUGGCACGGAACUCUUGUGACCAUGGACAAACUUCCCCGAUUGGCUCCUGUACAGCUGCUGGUAACCAUGGAGACCGGGGAACGCUUGUACUCGUAACUAUAGGAACAGAGGAUGGUGUGUAUGAAGGACACACCGUCAAACCGACAGAGACAUAGAUGGAGGAGGGAUAUACUGACUGACGAGCGAUCUUUAUGGGCCACAGUAUGUGUAUAUAGCCCAAGUCCUUCUCUGUAUAUCCUGUAUCAAACAGUACUACUCUACAAUACAUGUCUGUCUGUCCUCUUCUCUAUGGGCAUGUGGGGAGGGUCUGACAGCUUUCAAUCAACUGGCUGUGUGUGUGUGUGUGUGUGUGUGUGUGUGUGUGUGUGUGUGUGUGUGUGUGUGUGUGUGUGUGUGUGUGUGUGUGUGUGUGUGUGUGUGUGCGCACGUGCAUGCAUGCAUCUGUGAACCUCUGAGGGCCAAAUACUGUGCUGUGUGAUUGUAUCAGGGCAGUCCUAAUUUGUGUGUAUGCCAUAGUCUUGCAGCCAUCCAGAUGCAGAUCUACACACACACAUGCAGAUUUACAGACAGACACACAGGAAUGGCUGUAUAGGUACGUCAGUGCAGAGAGAGAGGUGUUAGGUUGUUGACUCCACAAACCAUCAGUUAGUUCACUUCAGGCUGGUUUGAACUUUCCUAUAAAUGAUCUCUGAUUGUGACCCAGAAUGCAGCUUUAUGUUUCACAGUUUUAGGAGAACCAGCUGUGCUGCAGGCUGGAGUCAUAUGACAUGUUUAACUGAAUGACAUGAACGCACAGCUGGGAGAUGUUUUAGAAAAGAGAGAGGAGGAAGAGGUGAAACAAUUUGUUCACUCAAUUGUAAUUUCAGGGUUUUGUUUUUUCACGCAGUACAAUGUUCCUUGUCUGUUAUAACCAUGUUAUAACCACCAUAACCUGCUAUAACCAUGCAUUUCCUCAGCUGUGACCUGCAUGAGGGGCUGGGGGGGAUAUUCUUAGUAGCCUUUACAAGUCAGAGGGAAGUGAUGUUGUUUUAGAGAUACCUGUCACCUUUCAUGGUGUCUUUUAAUUGUUUUUAAACCAAAUGAAUGGGUUUAGUUUUUGUUGAAAUGACUUUGUAGCACCUUUUUAAGCCAAUGUGUUACUUACUUGAUGUUCAAUGUGCCAAAUACCUGUUGCUGUUUGGCUGACUGUUCUGGACCAAUGAAUUCUCCUCUCAACUUUGACCCCUCACAGCACCAGCCUUUGGCCACACACACACACACACACACACACUCAACCCCUGAAUCUGAGGAAUGUGUGUCUUUUAAAGGGUACAGAACGAACAACUGGUGCUGUGGAGCAGAGUGUGAGGAGAGGUGUUUCUCUGUCCUAGCAUGGAGUGAGUCUGGCUUUUGGCACCUUUACCUGUCACACACAGGGCUUGGUUGUAAUGGGUUCAACUGGUGUGUGUGCGUGCUGCAUUCAAUCGCUUGUCAGUAUGUUUAUUUAGUGGAGAUGUUUUUGUCAAACACACGCGUGCUAGAUAUUGAAAGAGGAUGGCAUAUAGUAAGGAUAAAAACUAACAAAUUCAAGUAUAUAUAUGAAUAUAUGUGUAUAUGAAAUGACAAAUGCUCUAGGAUUAUUUAAAAAGAUGUAACGAUGUAGAUUUAUGUUCAGAUGACGAUGGGCAGGGGAAGGGUUGGGAUCUUGAUGUAUAUGAAUCUGUUUGUGGUGAAGACAUUGGCUGGGAUCUUGCACAUAAAGACUUUAGCUAUUGAACCUGCGAGUUACCAGAUGAUUAUUUUUGUUUGAAUACCAGACUCUUGCUCUUUCAUAUUUAUUGUGUUUUGGGGAAAUGGCUCCUCCUGUCUACGAGCUCACACCAGACGUCUCGCUGUAGAAAACUGCUCCACACACAUCACUCUUUUACAUGUACCACAAAUACUACUGGCUUUGGGUUACUCUUACGAUUGAGAUUAUGAUGACAAUGAUCAUUAUUGAUAAUAUUAUUCAAUAAUUGUUAUAAAAAUUAUUUUGUUUUAAUGAAUUUUGUUUUGUUUCCAAGACAGGUAGAGCAUAUGUGUUGGACUGCUUAUAUAAAACAGUUCAUAAAUAAAUAAAACCUUUUUUUUUUCGUGUU